CGAGGCGCCGGUCCCGGGUGGGGGCGGGGCGAGCGCGGCGAACCUGGGAAGCCUGUCUGACCGCGCAGGUCGCACUGCCGGGUCUGCGGCGGGCCCCAAAGGGACCCCCAGCCGCUCUCCUGAUGGGGCUCUGUUUUCCCUGUCCUGGGGAGACCGCGCCUCCCUCGCCGGACCUGGAAGAGAAAAGAGCAAAGCUUGCAGAGGCUGCAGAGAGAAGACAGAAGGAGGCUGCAUCCCGGGGCAUUCUGGAUGUUCGGUCUGUGGAAGAAAAAAGAAAGAAAAAGGAAAAAAUAGAAAAACAAAUGGCUGAAUCUGGGCCCCCACCAAAAGGUGGGCUUAGGUGGACAGUUUCAUAAGCAUAACAUGAGUGGAAAAGUCUACUGCCAAUAACUAAUAUCUGCAAUCAAGUGGACGUCCUCAGCUUACUUUCUUCUCUGAAUAAACGAAGAUUCAGACUUUGCAAUUUGAGUGCCAUGAAAUGCAGUCAGUGCUUUUUCAAUAUUGAUAUACUGAAAAUGCUUUUGAUUUUCAAACUUAGAAAAUGCCAGACCUUUCAUUAAAUACUUAUUUUCUUAUAUUUGCUCUUCUGCAGGCAGUAGGCAAUUUGCCAUUUUUUAGUAGUUAAAACAUGGACCUAAAUAGUGAAUAAAUAUAUAUCGCAUGUAAAAAGUCUGCAUACAUCUCAGACAUUAAAAUUUGCCAUUGUAUUUUCUCUCCUUUAUAAAAUGACCUCGCAGUCUAUAGUUUUCUGCUUAGCCUUGUAUCUCUUUAUUUCAUUAUCUGUGAAGGCUUUCGCUUAAACUUAUGGACUUUGUGCCUUUAAACUGGUCAUCAGGGAAAAUUUUGAAAAAUCAUUUGAAGGGCUUAUGUGAAGGAACAAUGUAAAUUUUUAUAACUUGCUAAGUAAUGAAAAUUUGUAGAAAAUUAUGAAUUUCUCCUUAUUUAUUUUCUAUUUCUGUGGCUUAUAAAAUUAACAUUUGGUGUUUUACAUUGCAAUAAAUUUGUUUUUUUGCUUGCUGAAUCUAAAAUUAUAUAUUAGUAGUACCAUCAGAGGGCAGUGAUGUACUAUUACACAAUAUCAGAUUCAGCUCUAAAGAUCUUUGUAGAAACGGAAUGAAUUAAACUAAGAAUCUGGAU